GAGCCGCUGUGAAUUUCUAAAAACAAAGAUUGAGCUGAGUGAAAAAAACCUUCCACUAAAAUUAGAAGCGGGGGCGUGGCUAUGGGCGGAGGGAUCUUACGUAACGCGGGCAUAAACGUCAUGACGUAAUUAAUCAGCGAGCUCAAUGGACCCGAGGGGAUUAGAAGAAAACAGCUGAAGGACUGUGGUGUGUCCCACGGACUCUGUCACAUCUGCGUACCCCCACAGCUGACGGACCGGUGGUUGCAGAGACAGAGGGACAGCCGUUUGUAAACUUUCACGCCUGCGGGUCCCGUGUCUUCGUGUACAUGGACGUUCGCUGUCAAAGCAGCACAGGAAGUGGGCGAUAGAGCGAAGAAUGUGAAGUAGGAAGACGAUGUGCUCCACGAAAAACAACGCGGAGCAGAGGACGCCCUCAGACCCUGCUCUCAUCCUGGAGCUGAAGACAAGGAGACCUCCGUCUCUGGUGGGCAGGGCUGGAUGUGAGACCUGGAGCGUGGACUUCUCUCCGGACGGAGCUUGGUUCGCCUGGUCGAUGGGUCACGGCAUCGUCUGGGUGGUCGCCUGGCCGCUGGACUCUGAAGAAAAUCAGAGUGGAGACACUGACCGAGGGGACAAGAGCUUCAGUUGUGGACAUCCCGUGUGGGGCCUGGCGUUUGGGCCCAGACCCCCAAAAUCAUCUGCUGCUGCACAGCCUUGUAGAGCACCAUCCAAAGGGAACAACAGCCUGCUCUUGGCCACAGGCCUGGAAAACGGAAUCAUCAAAAUCUGGAACGUCUUGACAGGAGAUGCAGUGUUUGACCUCCACGGUCACGAAGGUGUAGUACGCAACCUUGUCUUCCCACAGAAUGGAACGCUCACGCUUGUGUCUUCGUCGAGAGAUAAAACCUUGAGGAUAUGGGACCUGUCUCAUAAAGGGAAGAAGGUGCAGGUGCUGUCAGGACAUAAGGACUGGAUCAGCUGCUGCUGUGUGUCGCCGGACUGCAGCAUGAUCGCAUCGGUCGGAAGGUUUGACAGAAUGGUCUGUCUGUGGAGUCUACGCUCCUAUACUUUUAUCAGAAAUUUGACAGGAGGAACCAGAAAAACCUUAUACCUCUUGUCCUCCUGUGACUUCUCUCCUGAUGGGGCGCUGUUGGCCACUGCAGCGUUCAGGGGCUCGAACUCCUGGAUUGAUCUAUGGGACCCGUACACCGCGGAGAAACUAACCACUCUGAUUGACUACUUUGAGGACUAUGGGCAAAACCAAAUCUCAGCAAUACAAUUCUCACCCAAUGGUUUGCACUUGGCUGUUGUGACGGACCGAAGAGCUCUAAGGAUAUGGGAGCCAGGAACAACAGGAAUGGUGAUGCAGACCAGAGCGGACCGCAACUCUAACGGACUCUGUUGCGACUAUCACCCACAGGGAGGCGUCGUCGCCACAGGAACCAGAGACGGCCACGUUAGGUUUUGGAGGACUCCCAGGACAGUGCCAAGUUUGUGCCACCUGUGCCGCUGCAUCCUCCGCCACUCAGUCUCCACACACCAGCUGGAGCCUGUACCCCUGCCCACCAGAAUCAUGAAGUACCUCACAUACAGAAACAUCCCUGAACGUCUCAUGACCUGCUCCUCAUCCUCCUCCUCUGAGGAAGAUGAGUGAGAGGGUCAGAAAUGAAAACUAAGGGGGUGAAGGGGUUUUAAAAAAAAUAAAUUAAAAAAAAAAGGAUUUUUCACUGUGUGAUUGUUAAACACUGAUGACUAAUGAAAUGCCUUUGAUUGUUUAACUGAGAGGCUUUUCCAGCUUGGUUUAUUACAGGAUGCAUAUCUUAAUGCCACUGAUUACAAAUGCAACAUUCCUGCACUAAACAUUUAAUGCACUACAUUAAAGACGAUGCAUUUACUUUGUCCAUAUGCUGAUGACUUAUUUUAUAGAAUUUUAUUUAUUGUGUAUAUAAGGUAUUAAAAAUUUCUAAUUCCUGUGUUUACUACGAAACUGCACACAUCCUGCUACGAAACCUGCACAUGUUAUUCAUAAGAGAAACUUCAAAUAUAGGAAAUAGUUUUAUUAAAUGAAUACAAACACUA